AUGAAAAUGAUUCGAGUAGAAGACGAAAAGAGAAUCAAAAAUCCCUCAUCAACAGUUCAAAUCCUUGGUUCGAGUACGUCCGUCAUUUUCCUGGCUCUCAUUUCUCUUGAACGCGUGCACGCUGUGUUGCGGCCACUCCAGCAUCAUGUUACAAGCACGCGUGUUUACAUCUCUACGAUCAUUUUCUCCUGGACAGCCGGGUUAUGCUUGGCUGGGUCAACAUUUCUACCGAUGCACACAGAGGUGGACAGCGUGUAUGUUAGUGUCGCUAUUCAUUCACUUCUCUUCCUGUGUGUACUAAUCAUCUGUGCAAGUUAUCUCACUAUACGUACUCGAUUACACUCAGUCACACCACCUGAAAUAGAGAUUCACAACCAAAGAUCAAUGGAUCAGAAUGUACGACUCUCAAGGACGUUUUUUAUAGUGGCUGCUGUGUCGCUUGUGUUGUGGUUGCCAGCUAUAGCAGUGUACACAACAAAAGAAUUUUGCAAAGGUUGUGUUUCACCAAUGGUGUUAAGGACUGUGAACUGUUUGCAUUUGGCAAAUUCCAUGAUCAAUCCAUUCGUGUACUGUUUGAGAAUGCCUAUCUUUAAAAAUGCUUUGAAAAAGUACUGUAGAAGACGUUCACGUGCUAUUGAACCAGGAACAGUUCAUUUUAGCGCGAAAAAUAAAACUGUUGUGGCAGCGUGGCUGAGUGGUUAG